CGCACUGGGGACUACUUUUUGUGUAAAUAAAAACUUUUAAGGUCAAAGGUUACACAGGCAAAAUGGCGACCUACAGAGCGAGGGUCUCUGAGUUCAAGGAGCUUUUGAGUAAGCCAAAAAUUGACUUCAAAAUGUUGCAUCAAAUGUGUUCAAAUGGCAUUCCUGACUGUCCUGGGCUAAGGUGUGAUUGUUGGAGGUUGCUUUUGAAUUACUUGCCUGCCAACACGGAGGAGUGGCCCAAGGUUUACCAGUCACAAAGGGAAUUGUAUAAGCAGUUCCUACAGGAGAUGAUCAUACAGCCUGGCAGAAAACACGAAGGAGGCAGCAGAACUGACGUCACAUUUGAAGAUCACCCGCUCAAUCCAAACCCCAACAGCCAGUGGUCGCAGUUCUUCAAAGACAACGAGAUCCUUCUCCAAAUUGACAAAGACACAAGGCGAUUGCAGCCGGACAUCGGGUUCUUCCAGCAAGCCACCGAGUACCCUUGCGAGGAGUUGGUGAACGAGUCAAGCAACAUUGAGACGCUGAGGAAGCGAGUGGAACACACACUGCUCAACUCGGAGGACAUCGCCAGAAACAAGCUGGGAAUUAGCGCCACAGCACCAAAGAAGAAACCUCAGACAUACGAUUUUGGCCAUGAGACGCUCCCCGAGGGACAGGAGGCCCAUUGGGAGGUUGUGGAGAGGAUCCUCUUCACCUAUGCCAAGCUCAACCCUGGACAGAGCUACGUCCAGGGCAUGAAUGAGAUUGUGGGUCCCGUCUACUACGUCUUUGCCUCCGACUCCAAGCAGGAGAACAGGGAGCAUGCUGAGGCCGACACCUUCUUCUGCUUCACCAACCUCAUGUCACAAAUCCGCGACAACUUCAUCAAGUCCCUGGACCACUCGCCAGAUGGCAUCAAUGCCAAGAUGGAGCGGCUGAUGACCAUGCUGGGCCAGUGCGACCCGCAGGUGUACCGGGUCUUUGAGAGAGAAGGGCUCAAGCCUGAGUUCUUUGGCUUCCGCUGGCUGACGCUGCUGCUGUCGCAGGAGUUCCCUCUGCCAGAUGUCAUCAGAUUAUGGGACUCCCUUUUCGCCGAUGACAGGAGGCCCGAGUUUUUGAUCUGUGUGUGCUGUGCCAUGAUUGUAUUACAGAGGGAUGAAAUUUUGAAUGGAGACUUUGCCGUAAUUGUCAAGCUCCUUCAGAACUAUCCGACUAUCGACAUCAAUGUGUUACUCAGGAAAGCUGAGGAGUUACGGAAAUACCUCUAGCAGAGCGUCCACUAUCAUUCCUGCUUCAUCGUGUGUCACAGUACUUCAAGGAUACUUUUAUCCCUGGCACCAUUAUGUUGUCAUGUUGUCUCUACACAGUGCCUCAUCAUUGUAAUCAUUGUAAUGCAAGGAAGUUGUUCAUAAGGAAAUGGGCAUUGGGUUCACCCCAUGGGGGACAACUUUGUCUUCUUUCCAGGUGUGGGCGAUGUGCACGCAGUGCCCCUCAUGCGGUAGAAAUGUGACCGCUGAUGUCAUGCCAAGGCAUUCAGUCCUGCUCGGUAUAAUAUUAUACUGGGUUGUAUUUGAGUGUCCGAUACUCACAACUUGUGUAUUUGCCAAGCGUGUACCAGGCAGAGUGUACGGGUGUGGUAACGUGUUGUUCGUGAGUGGCGAAGCUGAGAUGAGAAUGUCUUUACUAGAGAUCUUGACAAACUUGUGGAGGUGAGAAAUCCGGGCCUUCAGUUCUGAUUACAGGGUGUUGGCAGUCUUCCCAAAGGAAGUUAACUUGAGAAUUGUCACACAACCCCCCCGCCCGCCAUAAAAGACAAAUGGCUAAAAUGCAAACCAUUUCUGCUGGACAGCCUCUGAGGAUGUUCAGUUUCGUGCAUGACAAACUUUGUGAGCACAUUGAUUCUGAAUAUUCCGUUUGCAGAAGGAAAGUUUUGGUGGAUACUACAGAAACCAGUUCUUGCAAUAUGUUGGCUGACAUUCUUGCCAAGUUGGGACUGUCGGGUUUUUUCUUUACAGUUUAGACUCAAUUUUCAUUGAGAGAAUAGAGUCAACUUUCAUUUAACAGCAGUUAGUAUAAAGAAUGUUCAAAAGGCCCCCAUGUGAUCAGAAAUGUAAAACUGAUUAAGAUAGGAAGCAAUUAAAAAGAUCAUAACCAUGUACUCGCCACUUAUCCUUGUAGAACUGCCUUUGAGAACAAUAUAAUUCAUUCAUAAAAUUUAGUUAUUCAGAUAUGUUGCUAUUUUUGCCAUGGAUGAACGAAAUUGUUUUUGAAUAUGUGUGAAUCAUGUAAAACAGUUCCGUGUACAGUAAUUUCACCGAUUUGAAAUAUUUGUGAAACUUUUCAAUUACGUUAGUUUUUCAUUUUCAGGCUUCAUGUGCAUGCUUAUAUAUAUGUUCCUGCUCCUAAGCAAUGAAAAACAGCGUCAGGUUGUCGUAACUUUGCUUUAGCUGUGAUGGUUUUUUGGUGUUGCAAUAUUUUUGUGUUGACAAGCAUUCACGCAUUACCUUCGUCACACGCCCUUUUGCCAGGUAAAUUUGAAUCGUAUUUGCAUAUGUAGGCUUUUUGUAGAGACACGAAACUACUUGAGGACGUGGUUGUUGAUGUCCUCUGCAUUCGAUAUCUCUCACUGAGGGCGUCACCGGGAUUUUCUCUAAAGGGAGGGGCGAAGCACUCAUCAGCGGUUAACUGGCAAUCUAUAGGUUUUAAAUUGGUGAUUUUCAUCUCAUUUUUCUCGCAAUUAUUGUCUUUUUCCCCUUUCCAUUUUUCGUAUUUUUGCGGGGGGAGUGCCCCCACCUUGCCCCUCCCCCCCAUCACAAAGCCCAUGUCUCCAACAAUUUGCUGUUUGCCAUCAUGGAUGUUAGGCCAAGUUUGAAAUGGGAUUGUCAUUCAUGUACAACAGAGCAUAUGAAUUUGACUCAGAUUCAGAAUACCAGCUAUCAUAUUUAACUUUGCAAAUGAAAUGUACAUCAUACCCUAUCAUCCCAAUACCUGGAACUUUUAUUCAAACUUGUACAGUUUAAUAUCGUUGAAAUUGCCAAAUUGAUUGUAAAUUGACAAAACUGCUUAUAAGUAAUAUGUGCAGGACAAAUGGACAAAUGGAUGCUUGUUCCUCUGUGUAUACUGUAAAUUUCUAUACUUCAACAUAUUCAAUAUAUUUCUACACAACUUUGUAGGUACUACAUUAGCUGUUUACAUUGGUAAUAAUUUCCCAAAUGAGAGUUGAGAAGAUACCAAGUAUCAAUGCAUUGUACUUUCCCUGUGACUAGUACUUUGCUGAUUUUAUUUAACAUGUUAAUAAAGCCACAUUUUCUGCCAUGAAAUUUGGCCCAACUGGUAAAUAUGGACCGGUUUUAAGACUGCACAUUUGUGAAGUGUAAGGAUUUUGCUUCUUGCAGAAAAAAAAAGGUCUUCCCGUUUUUUCAUAUCAUGCCCAAACAAUAGCAUAGCCCCAGUUGUUGUGAUAAGCCCAACUGUAGUUUUGACAGUGCUGUAGUUUGGGGUAACAUUCAUGCACAUCACGGCAUAAGUAUAGCAGUCAGCCCACCAAGAUGGAAGCCACAAGUUGGGUGAUGUCACCUGCAAACCCCCUGUUGCAGCGUUCAUUUUUACUGUCCCUCUUAUGAAAAUUCUGACGACUUUGGUAGCACUUCCUUCCACAGUAUCCCAUACCUCUGCUUUGAAAAUUUACAUACAUAGUGUGUGCUGUAAGUUGCCCUUUGAAAACUGUUGAAACUCAUUUGGAGAUGAAACCCAAAGUUUUGCUAUACAGUUGGCCAACUGUUCAACCAGAAAUGAAGACAGCUGAAGACAAGAUUUAAAGAGACUUUACAAAAGAUGUAAAACAUCAUUUUUUUCUGUUUAAUAAAUCAUGCAAGAUGUAUUUUAUUCAUUGCAUCAUUCGCUGUGCUCACUUAAACCAAAUAGCAGAUUGUUUACAUUUUUAACCAAAAAAAUUCUUUUAAAGUUAAAAAGAAUAAAUGAGAUCAAGAUAAAAAAGCUUUAAUCUUACAGAUCCAACGUA